AUGCAUCCUUGUUAUAAUUCCUCGUCUAUGUUGUCUCCACCUACUGUCACUACUUUUCAUUCAUCACAGUCAUUAAGUUCACCAUCCCAAUCAGCAUAUCAUCAGUCCUCAACACAUGAUAUGUCCAAACCAAAUUCAAAUGAGCAGUAUAACUUGGCUCAUAGUCGACAUCAUCUUUAUCAAAAUGUGAUUCUUCCUAGCCCAUCUAUACAACGUUUUCCUAAUUCAUCAAGCAAUCACUUUACCCACUAUUCGCAAUCCCAUAUCCGAACAACUACUUCAUAUCCUUCUUAUGACUGUUAUCGGAACAAUUCUACACAUUCUCAACCGAAUAUUAGUAGUGGUUUGCCUAUUAUGGGCUAUCCAAUUGCACUCAAUUCUACAAAAAAUUAUGUUGUAUAUGAGACCAAAAAUGGUCCAACUCAGUCAAUAAUGAAUAAUACUGAUGAAACAUUACAAUAUACUAAUCCUUCUGUAAUAAUGAAUAUUCAGUCACAAAUUCCACAUUCCCAAUAUCGUGAAGUCAGUAGUCAACCUUCUAGGCGUCCUCGGCCACCGCCACCACCUCCACCGCCUCGUAGUGGCAGUUGGAUCGGUAAAAUAUCAGCUUCAGCACCUACAAUAAAUGAUAAUACAACGAGCCGACCAUGUAUUCAGUAUGAUCAUGAACCACCAUCUUCAUGCACUGAAAUCAAAGUGAACACAUUCUCUGAUAACCCCACUACUACUCAGUAUAUGAACCAACAAUCAUGUAUUAGUCAAACGUUCCAUACUAGUCCUUAUAACAAUACACAUUCAUCAGUUCCAAAUGGUUCCGUUGGAUUAAAUUCAUACUCGAACUUUAAUAUAAAAAAUCAAUCAUCUAUUGAUACCAACUAUUCAAUUGAUAAUUCUCAUACUGAUAUACCAAUUUCAAAACGUUCUAUACAACAAGAACAUCAACAUAGAAGACAACAACAAUCACAUCAACAAUAUCAAAAUCAAUCUAUCAGAAUAUCAUCAUCAUCAUCAUCAUCAUCUAAUGGUGAUAGUUAUCAACCAUUGACAUCGACGAUCAAUUCUUUGAUGAAUAAUACAAAUAAUAAUUCCAAUGAACAACGACAACAGCAAAAUUGUCAAUAUUCAUCAAAACAAUCAUUUAUAAAUAACAAUAAUAAUAGUCGUAAAGAAGUAAUUAAAGCAUUACUUAACUUAUUAAUAUGGCAUCAUCCAGAAACUAAAUUUACCGAAAAUAUGAAUCCAUCAGAAAUUCAUACAUUUCACAUAUUCCUAUUGAAUUGGUUAACUAAAACAGAUUGUUUACAAACUAUUCCAAUGAAUAUAAAUACAAAUAUGUAUGUGGCACAAUUUUCCCGUCGAAUAUUAACACAUUUAAUAAGAAUAUUAUAUAGUGAUACAGUGUAUGAAGAAGAAACUACAAUAGAUGAUGGUCAGACAAUUAAAGAUACUGAAGAUGAAGAAGAUACAAUGAAUGUAUUGACUAAUGAAAAAGAAGAUGAUGGUAUUAAUAAUAAUUCUAAUCUUAAUGAAUUUAAUCAGUCUUUGGGUUAUUCAUAUGGAAAGAACAACUGGACAAAAAUCGAUGAUAACACAUCAAAGAAAACUUCCUGUUUAACAAACUAUACAAAUACGUCGAUUAACAAUGCUGACAAUAGUAGUCUUAUUAGUAAUAGCAAUAAUUUCAGUAAAAUUAAUUUAACUGAUUCCAAGAUUCUACCACCGAAUACAUCUUUGAUGGAAUUGAAAGCUGCUGCUCUGGAGGCAAUUCAAAAACUUGCUCCAUUAUGUCAACCAGAUUCAAAAUUAUAUGGAAGAGAUAUGGGAAUUAUUCAAUUGUUAACUUCCAUUCAUAGUUACAGUUUAAAUUUAAGCGAACGUAUCGCGCAGACGAAUAAUAAUAAUAAUAUCAAUACUGGUGAUAACGUUACUAAUAAUAAUGAAACCAUAGGGAACACAAUGAUCAGUAGAAUAUGUAAUAAUAAUAAUAAUACAAUGUUGAAUAUAGAGUCAUGUACUGUUUGUCCAGUUGCUGAAGUUGCUGCCUUAGUUCGUUUAUCAUUUGAUUCAAUGCAUCGAAAUGCUAUUUGUGAAUUAGGUGGAGUUCAUGCUUUAAUUUCUUUAUUACGUAUAGAACAAAUGAUGUGGUCAGAGUAUAUGAAUUCAUAUAAUAAUGAUACUAAUAGUAAUAAUAAUACUAACAAUAAAACAGUAUUACUAUUAUCAUCAACAUCAUCAUCAUUUAUACAUAAUCAAAACUUUGUCACAUUACUAGAGAAUAGUUUAGCAUUGAGACGAUAUAUAUGCAUGGCUUUAACAAAUUUAACUUAUGCUGCACCAGAGAAUAAAGCAUUUAUUUGUAGACGUUUAGCUAAUUUGGAAGCAUUAUUAGCUCAAUUAGAAACAGGAAAUGAAGAAUUGAAACAGGUAUCAGCCAGUGUAUUACGCAAUCUCAGUUGGCGUACAGAUAGUAGAAGUAAAGCUUCACUUCGUCGUGUCUGCGCUGCGAAACGUUUAACUAUAGCUGCUAUGAGUGCACAGCGAGAAAGUACUUUACGAACUACACUUAGUGCACUAUGGAAUCUUAGCGCUCAUUGUUCUCAGAACAAGCGAGCUGUAUGCAGUGUGGACGGUGUAUUUGCAUUUCUUCUAAGAAUGUUACGUCUUCAAAACCCUUCGCAAAAUCUGGUAAUUAUUGAAAAUAGUGGUGGUAUUUUACGUAAUAUAUCCACAAUUAUCGCUUCUCAUGAUGAUUAUCGGUCUAUACUUCAUCAAAAUAAUGGUUAUCCAAUCCUAUUGGAACUAUUGCGUAAUCCACCAAGUUUAACAGUUGUAGUAAAUGUAUGCGGAACAUUAUGGAAUUUAACAUGUUCUUCCAUCAAUAAUGUAAACACCAUUCCAACUAGUAAUGGCAACAACAGUAACACUACUAAUAAUAAUAGUAUCACCAAUAGUUAUAAUGAUCGUUUGCUUCUUUUACACUUAGGUGCAUUAGAUUUAAUACAACAGCUAACUCAGUCCAAACAUGAUUUAAUACGUACUAGUUCACUGGCUGUCUAUCGUAAUCUAAUACAGACAGAUAAAUCUGCUAAUCAGAAUCAUUUGAUUCCACCAAUAUGUAAUUCAGAUCAAGUUAAUUCACAAGAAAAUCAACUCAGUGAGUCAUCAUCGCCGGUAACAACUAGUAUGACCAUAAAUUCUCAUGAUCAUUUGGUAAGUAAUGAAAUAAAUGCAUGCAGUACUACUGAUGGUCGUAGUAGUGGUAGUGAUACAUCCUAUAAUGUCAAUAAUUCAGCACAGACAAAUGGAGAACAACAGCAACCAACAUGUAAACGUCGUGUAUCAUCAAGAACAUCUAGACUUCGUUUUGGUCUAUUAUCUGUAGUAUUUGAAGCAGAAAGUGACGAUGAACUAGACGAUGAUGUCGAUGAUGAUGUGGAUGAAACGGAAGAUGAUGAAGUAGAGGUGGAAAAUGAAGUUGAAGGUCAGACUUCUGAACAAAAUCACUGUAUUAAUGAAUACAAUGAACAAAUUGAAUAUGAGCCAAAUAGCAACCUAUGCUUAUAUUAUCGAGGUGGAAUACCUAUCAGUGACCAUUCUAACUAUCGAGAUAUCGCUGUGAAAACAUCAAGUAAUCGAAAUUCAGAAAGCUUAUGUGAUUCUCAACUUAUGUUGCCUGAAUCGACCAAUCAUCAACAUCAUUUACCAAAUUGGUACGAUGAAAUAAAUUGUCAUGGACAUCAUCAUGAUAAUCGUCGUGGUAAUACGGUCGUUGAUGCAGCAGCAAAUGAUGAACAAACAUGUGUUUAUGCUGAAGAAGGUACACCUUUUCCAUCGAAUUCAGCAACUGCAUCAUCUUUGGAGUUGAAUAGAUCUGAUGAACAGUUCUUAAUGAAUAAAGCAAAUACUAAUUUCAAUACUGUUAAUGAUGUACAUAUAAAUCAUAAUAAUAGUAAUGAUAACGAUACAAUACAUCGUAAUGUUCCAAUAUUGAUCUAUCGAAAUGACCCAAUUCCUCAUGUUUAUGCUAUUGAGGGUACACCAUCGAACUGUGAUAGUAACUUAAGUCAUGAGGAUAGUAUAAAUGGCAGUGAAGUUCAUUUGAAUACAAUUGGAUUCAAUCGCCCCCAAAAAAUGAAUUUUCUACCUCAUUCCGAUAUUGUGAAUGAACAGGAGGAUAAUGCCUACCUGCCCUCACCACCAGAAGAUAUCUCGAAUCUUGUCUCUCCAUUAACAUCAAUGAAUUUAGAAGUAGAAAGUGAUCAAUGUGUAACUUGUCAUUUCCCUAUGCCACCUCCACCAGCAUCUUUUCCAAUAGUUCGUAAAGAAUCUGAACUGACUGAUAGACAAAGUGAAUUAUUCUCUUCUAAACAAACACCGUUGGUAUUCUCACGUGGUACAUCAUCAUGUAUAUCUUCGUUGGACUUGGAAGUUCCAUUUAACGGAUAUCAAUCAUCACCGGAAAGUGAAUAUUCUAGUCAACAAAAAAGUAGUAAUAGCAGAGAGAGAAUAAGUUGUGAAUUAAUGUCAAUUAAUCGUAAUGAUGAAGAUAACGGUAGUAGUAGUAGUAGUAGUAAAGGUAGUAAAAGAGAAAGUCAUUUCAGAAAUAUAAAUCAUAGUCAAAAUUGUGAUGGCGCAUUAUAUGAGACAGAUAGUUGUCCUGAUGAGGAAGAUGUUCGAUUGCCUUUCGCUGAAGAAGGUACACCCCCACCUCCAAAAGAUGAUACAGAAAAUUUGAAUACUUUGUAUUUUCAUCAUUCACAUUCUUACAACCAAUCUGAUAUGAACAGUAAUUUGAACAAUGAUUGUGAAGUGAAUGAUGUUGUUGAUGAUGAUGAUGAUGAUGACGAAGACGACGACAAUAAUGACAAUAAUACCCAUUCACAAAUACUACAACAAUGUAUAGCAUCUGCAAUGCCAUCAAAUAUUCCUUUUAAUGUAUUAACAGGACAUAAAUCAUCGAAUAUAAAUUUCACUAACUCACCAUCAACAAGUAUUCUUUACAAUGAACUAGAAGAUUCUUUAAAAACAUUCGCUGUAGAAGAUACACCAUUUGGGACUUCAACGAAAACUAGUUCAUUAAACGAUUUAAUCAUAACAGAACAUAAACCAUUAGAAGUCGAAGAAGAAUGUGAGGAAGGUAACGAAUUAGUGGUUGAUAGUGAAUUAAAUUCCAAUUCACCAUCAUCAUUCAAUAUACAAAUAUCUAAUCAUCACACAAUAAAGCAUGCUUCAAAUAAUUUAAUCAAACAAUGUCAUACAGAAAAUGUUGCUGUCAGUCACGGUGAUGGUAGUUCAUCAACAUCAAGCUCUUUGAAUUGUGAUAAUUCAUCAGAUUUAUUAUCUGAAGUAAUACAAUCCGCUAUGCCAAAAUCUGGUCAAAUUAGAUUAUCUAAUUUUUGUUCAGUAAUUGAUCAAUCAUCGUCAAAUGAUGAUGAUUGUUUGCAAAUGUAUGCCGUUGAAGGUACUCCAUGUGCUGUUGUUAAUGAGAACUUAUUGUAUUCAUUCAGCAUUAUUACAACAACAACAACGGAUGCAAUAUUAAUGACUUGUAAUAUGUCUUUAACUCUUGCAUCACCAUCAUCAUUAUCAACUGUUCCAUGUCAACAAUCGAAUACAACUCCUCCGAUUCCACCACUUCGUACAACAUCUGCAUUAACUAGUAUUGCAGAUCCAUUUACUCAAGUUUCUGGUUUAACAAGACCACGUGCAACAGUUGCACCAAUGUUACAAAGUAAAUGUCAUUCAUUAAAUUCACCGAUUGUUUCUCGUUCUCAAAAUAUAUCAGAACAAUCGUCGAAAUCGUGUUUAAAUCAGAAUGAAAGUGGACAACAGAAUAAUGAUAGUAUACUUUUACCGAAUUCAUCAAUACCAUCGUCAUCAUCAUCUCCGUUUCAGUAUACCGUUGGUGACAAAGACGACGUUAGUUCUUUUUCUUCACUACUCAGUAUUGAAUCAGUUGGCAUGGAACAUUCGUUAUUACAAGAAUGUAUAUCAUCAGCGAUGCCACGUCCAAAAUCAAUAUCGAUGCUUCGUAAACAGCAACAUUGUCAACAGAAAAAACAAACGUGUCAACAGUCAACAUCUUCAAUAUCAUCAUCAUUGUCGUCGUCGUCGUCUUCAUCGUCAUCGUCAUCAUCACAGCAGCAACAACCAUCAGUAUCACCGUCAUUAAAGUUGGACUCGACGGUGCAUGAAUCUACAAAUCCCUUUGAAAACAAUAAUAUUAGUAAUAAUAAUAGUAGCAAUAACAAUAAUGAUAAUGUGGAUUAUUGUAAAUCACGUAAACAUGAAGAGGCGAUUAAUCAUUGUCAUACGUCAUUGUCAUCGUCGUCAUCAUUACCGUUAUCUAAAAUACAUCCGUAUAGAGAAUUAUCUGUUUACAAAGUACCGACAACUUUAUCAUGUACAUCAUCAAAUCCCAGAGCUCAAUAUUCACAAGAUGGUAGUAGUAGUAGUAGUAAUAGUAGUAGUAUUAGAAGUAGAAUUAGUAGUAGUAGUAGUAGUAGUCGUAAUAUUAGCAAUAUCUCUCUGAAAAAGUCUAAAAUACCUGGUCAUAAUUUGAAUAAUACUACUGUUGCAAAGUCGAGUAAUAAUAAUAUCACUGCACAAUCUUUUAAUAAGGGCGCUGGUACAAUACAUUUUUUAGAUCAUGGCUCCGACGAUGCACAACAACAUCAACAAGAAAUUUCGUAUCUGAAUGUGAAUCCAGCGAUAAUGAAUAAUACAAUAACACUUAAACAUAAUCAUGCAUCUACCGGAGCGCCUAUCACUUCUGCUACGAGCACCACUGUUGUCACUGUGAAUUGCAGUAGCAACAAUAAGAUUAGUAGUAUUAUCACUUAUAAUCAGAUGAAGCAAAUUCAAAUGACAAACAAAGUUAAUUGUGCAUCAUUCGGAGCAGACAUCACAAAAGCUGCAAAUCACAAUAAUUCGAAAUUAUCCUUAAAAUGUAGUAACAAUAAUAGUAAUAGUAAUAGUACUGAAGAUGUAUAUCAACAUUAUGAACCCCGUCGUAUUACAUCAACUUCCAACAAAAGUUCAUUACCGUUAAACAAAGCAAAAUCUGGUUUACGAGCACCGUCGUCCAUCGUAUCUAAAUCAUAUGUUGCAAUGAACAACAAUAAUUAUUCAAUAAACAAACAAGAUAUUGAUAUCAUUGAUGUACUUGAUGCUAACGAUAUCAGUGAAAUACUUCAACAAGGCGCCAAAACUGUUGUUUCAGAUCUAAUGAAAUCAUUAAAUGAUGUCAAUGAAAAGCAACAUGAUUCUAAUAACCAACUAGUUACUGAUAUCGCUAUUACUACUGAUAGUAAUGAUAAUAAUAACUCUCAAUCAGUUAGUAAUGCUUCCAGUUUAGAACUUUUACCAAAAUUCACCGACUUGGAACAGUCUAUUCCAUUCGAUAAUGAUGAUGAUGAUGAUGAUGAUGAUGAUGAUAAUAAUACAAAGGCUAAUAAUAAUAAGUCCAAUAAAAUGAUUGUAACUAAAUCAGUGGAAUCGAGUAAUUGUUCACCAUCUCCUACAUGUGUUACUAAUCAAAUAUCAAAUAAAUCAUCUUCUACAUCUAAUAUACAAUCAGUGAAGUAUUAUCAUCCACAUCAAUUGUCAAAUAAUAAAUUAAACAAUUCAAAAUUCACUAACCAUACUACUACUACUACUACUACUAAUAAUAAUAAUAAUAAUAAUAAUGUUUAUGGAUUAGAAAAGACUGUAGUGUCACCUAUUUCAAAUCAAUUCUCUUUAAAUAAAUCAACCAGUAUUAUGAAUAAUCAAAAUGACAAUGGUAACAAGAAAAACAAUCCAAAUAUUCGAAAUAAAAUUCAAUCUAACCUUGUGAAUCACACAAGCUCCUCGAUCAGCAGUGGUAAUACCGUUUACAAAUACAAGAAGAAUGUUAUUCAUCCUACUACAACAAUGAACAAUAUGCAUAAAACUACAAAUAAUCCGUAUAAUAAAAAUACUGCCAAAAAUUCCACUAAACGUGUUAUCAAACAACAGCAACAACAUCAUCGUAUUGCAAUGACAGAACCACCGUCUGUACAAGGUCAUUCUUUAGCCAGUAGUCGUUCAGUAUCUGCUGCAAGUUCAAUAUCUAAUUUGAAGUCGGUUAACACAUUAAAUAAUGAAUCUAAUAUUCAACCUCCACGUAGUAGUAAUAUUCCCAAAGCUACUAGUAUUCAACAAAUAUCUGUGGAGUCGGUCUAUGCAGCUCUUGUUAAACAGGAUAAGUCAUUGAUGAAUCAACACUCAUCAAAUCGCACAACUAAUACAACAAAAAACAAUAAUACUCAUAAACUUGCCAGUAAAACUCCAAAUACUGGGUUAUAUGCAAAAAAUACAUCUAGUCAUCGGUCAUUGAAUACAGUUGGCCGUUCGAAUCAUCCUUCUGAACGUCUUACCUCAGUUGAAGAAGGAAUACCAUUAACAACAAAAUUGCAACAGUCUAAACAUAAUUAUUCACUUCAUGACUCUAAUGAUUGCAUACCUAAUGCUUUGUCCUGUGGAAAUUCCACUGUUGCUUCAGACACUAAAACACCUGAUGGUACACUGUCAGCAACAACGGAAUUAUUUGGAUCUGGUACAAUUUCAAAAAAUGACAAUAACACACAAGCAUCAGAUGUUCCUAAACCUAUUCGUGGUGGACGAAAAUCUUUAAUAGGCCGAAAAAUCAGUCCAUCAACUGUGAAUGUGAUGAAUAUGUCGAAUAAUGGAAUACCUGUUGCUGUGAAACCAAUAUCAGCUGUUAAACCAACACCACAUUCUCUGUUGAAUAAUAAUAAUAAUGACAAUAAAUUAAAAAAAUCAGCCACUGAAUCCUCAGUUGAAUCGGAUAUUAUUAAUAAUGAUGAAGUGAAAUCAUCAAAACACAAUAAUGAUUAUACAAAGUGUGAAUAUGAACAAAAUUACCGUAAUUACGAUAAACCUAUUCCAGGUAAUAAUGAUGAUGAUGAUAUUAAUGAAAAAUUGACAAAUACACCUCCUGGAAUGUGGAUCGUUCGUGAAGAUCUAGACGUAGUUAUUGGUGAUUUUCACUAG